UGCCCAGGAAAGACACUCAAAGGAACCUGUUGCCCGCAUUCCGUUGGAAUUGCAUUUUUGAAGACUCAACGAUAUUCUGCUGCCAUCCAGUACGCCCUCGCAGCGCAUUUAAAUCGACGAAAGAUAAUCGUGCUGCAAAGCCAUGCAGACAGAGAAGAAAUGGCACAUACUUCUGUGUACAAUCAUUAUGCUCAUAACUUCGAGCCAGUGCAUGGACAGCAAAGAGGUGAAGCUGAAAGAGAGACGAACUCUGUUGGAUUUAAUCUUGCAAGUGAUUGGAGACAACCAGCGGGACAAGCCUGUUUCCAGGCGCAUCACCAGUGGCCUAUUCACUGUUUCUCAAGACUUGAAAUUUUCCUCGCGUGAAAAAGCAUCGUAUUCCCCCAAGCACGACAGAAGCAGACCGAUGGAAGUUGUCACAAGAGACACAAGCCUGCCUGAAAAGCAAGCAAUCCUGAAAGACAGGUUCAUAACUCAUUUUACAGCAGGACCAGUUAAGUUCUCAGCAGAAUGCAGAACACAUUUUCAGAGACUUUAUUACAAUACAAGGGAUUGCUCAAGACCAGCAUAUUACAAAAGAUGUGCAAGAUUGCUAACGCGGUUAGCAUUGAGUCCGCUCUGUACACAGUCAUAAAUGUUGCAUGUUCGAGACUGAUGGAAGAAGGGACUGGUUUUUCUCCAAGGAAGUGCCUUCAAAUGCCAACACUCAAUUGUUGUCAUAUCUGCAUUUAAACUGUAUUAGUUUUUUUAUUUUGUUCCAAUUUAUUGUAACUGUCAUGAUUGGUGUUAAUAU